UUUUCUCUUUACUCUAUAUUCAAAAUGUUCUCUUCUCACUCUGCUCCUCGUGGUGUUCUUACUGUUAACUUGAUUGAAGCCCGUAAUCUUCACAAGGAAGAUACUGCUGGCCACAAUGACCCUUAUGUCGAACUCUGGUUAGAUGAAGACUACAAGCAACGUUCUGAAGUUGUCAAGAAUACUGAAAACCCUGUUUGGAACCAAACCUUCACCUUCAACAUUGAUGAAGGCUCCUCCAAGCACAAGCUUUACUUCAAGGUCAUCGAUAAGGAUGUCGUUGACUCUGACAAAAUUGGUAGCACUCACUUGGACUUGACUGACAUCUUCAAGGGUACUCCUACUGACACUUGGGUCAACCUUCCUGCCAAGUUGGGUCUCUCUAGCCAUGGUGAACUCCAUGUCACUGUCCAAUUCACUCCUCAAUAAGUUGUAUACCUUUUUUUCUCUCUUUCUGUGUGAAUAGCUAUUGUAUGUGUAUACCUUUCAAAAAAAAA